AUGCGGCAGGUUUGCUGCUCAGUGCCGCCACCGCCACUGGAGGAGGCUUCGUGCAGCAGCAACAGCAGCAGCAGCAGUGGCAGCGGCAGCAGCAGCGGCAGCAGCAGCGGCAGCAGCAGCAGCAGCAGCAGCGGCAGCAACGACAGCAGCGGCAGCGGCAGCAACGACAGCAGCAGCAGCAGCAGCAGCAGCAGCAGCAGCAGCAGCCACAGCAGCAGCAUCACCCGUCCCGCUGCGCCCCCAGAGCCCUGGCCGCAGCCACAGCCGCAGCCCAGCAGCGGGACAGCAGCUGCCGCCGCCGCCGCAGCCCGCUGGGGAGCCGCAGCCGCCGGCGGCAUGAGGCGCGACCCGGCACCCGGCUUUUCCAUGCUGCUCUUCGGGGUGUCGCUCGCCUGCUAUUCGCCCAGCCUCAGAUCGGUGCAGGACCAGGCGUUCAAGGCGCCUGUGGUAGUGGAGGGCAAAGUGCAGGGGUUCGUCCAGCCAGGGGGCUCGAAUAGCACCCGCGAGCCCCCGGUCUCAGGCUGGGCGGCGCUGGUGAAGGUGUUGGACAAGUGGCCACUCCGGAACGGGGGGCUGCAGCGGGACCAGGUGAUCACUGUGGGUUCCUGCGCGCCCGUGGAGAGGAACCAGCGCUACAUCUUUUUCUUGGAGGCCACUGAAGAGCCCAAGGUCUACAAGACGGCCUUCCCUCCCCUGGACACUAACGGCAAGAACCUCAAAAAAGAGGUGGGCAGGAUCCUGUGCAUCGAUUGCGCUGUCCCACCCAAGUUGAAGAAAAUGAAGAGCCAGACGGCCCAGGUGGGGGAAAAGCAGUCCCUGAAGUGUGAGGCAGCUGCCGGCUAUCCCCAGCCCACCUACCGUUGGUACAAGGAUGGAAAGGAGCUCAACAGGAGCAAGGAUAUCCGAAUUAAGUAUGGGAAUGGCAAAAGAAACUCCAGGCUGCAGUUCAAUAAGGUGAAGUUGGAAGACGCUGGGGAGUAUGUCUGUGAGGCAGAGAACAUUCUCGGGAAGGACACAGCCAAAGGCAGACUGAAUGUGAACAGCGUGGCCACCACCCUCUCAUCAUGGUCUGGGCAUGCUCGGAAAUGCAAUGAAACCGCCAAGUCAUACUGUGUCAAUGGUGGGGUCUGCUACUACAUUGAGGGCAUCAAUCAGCUGUCCUGCAAGUGUCCUGUGGGAUACACCGGGGCCAGGUGUCAGCAGUUCGCAAUGGUCAACUUCUCCAAGCACCUUGGAUUUGAAUUAAAGGAAGCUGAGGAGCUCUACCAGAAGAGGGUCCUGACUAUCACAGGAAUCUGCGUGGCUCUGCUUGUGGUUGGAAUUGUCUGCGUGGUGGCCUAUUGCAAAACCAAAAAACAGAGGAAACAGAUGCAUAAUCAUCUUCGGCAGAACAUGUGCCCAGCCCAUCAGAAUCGGAGCUUGGCCAAUGGACCUAGCCACCCUCGACUAGAUCCUGAGGAGAUUCAGAUGGCAGAUUACAUCUCCAAAAAUGUCCCUGCCACUGACCAUGUCAUCCGGAGGGAAACUGAGACCACAUUCUCUGGGAGCCACUCCUGUUCACCAUCCCAUCACUGCUCCACAGCCACGCCCACCUCGAGCCACAGACAUGAAAGCCACACAUGGAGCUUGGAGCAGACAGAAAGCCUGACUUCGGAUUCCCAGUCAGGUAUCAUGAUGUCAUCUGUGGGCACCAGCAAGUGCAACAGCCCAGCCUGCAUCGAGGCUCGAGCCCGGCGGGAAGCAGCCUGCAACAUCGAGGAUGAAAGGCGGCCAGCCAUGCCAUACCAUGACUCGGUAGACUCCCUGAGGGACUCACCACAUAGCGAGAGGUAUGUGUCAGCCCUCACCACGCCUGCCCGCCUCUCGCCCGUGGACUUCCAUUAUUCCCUGGCCACGCAGGUGCCUACCUUCGAGAUCACCUCACCAAACUCGGCCCACGCGGUCUCACUCCCCCCAGCUGCGCCCAUCAGCUUCCGGCUGGCAGAGCAGCAACCCCUCCUCCGGCACUCGCCAGCCACCUCAGCGGCCGCCACCGCGGCUCCGGCGUCUGACAUGCAGCGCAGCUACGACAGCUACUACCCGCCCCGCCGGGGCUGCUCCCACGACAGCAUGGGAAGCCUGCCUGCCAGCCCUUUCCGAAUCACUGAGGACGAUGAGUACGAGACCACCCAGGAGUGUGCGCCCACCCUCGAACCGCCCAAGAGAACAGCCACAGGUCACCGGCGGUGGAGGAAAUCCAGACUGAAUGGGCACAUGGCCCAGCGGGCGCGGGCCGUCCGGGACUCCUUCUCACUCAGCAGUGCCUCCUACAGUGAAUCGGAUGAGGAGCUGGUGGCCGAGUGCACCCCUUUCCUCAGCAUCCACACCUCGGACAUGUUGGGCACGGACUCCCCACCGCUGUACCAGCCAGUGGACAGCAGGACUUAUUACUCCUUAGACAGACACAGCACCCAAGAGAGCAGACACAGCCGCAUCACACACCCGCGGGGAAAACAAGACUCCGCGCCUCUCUAGGACCCGCUCUUGCUCCCCUUCCCCACCUCAGCUUCCCUCCCCCACCCCCUCUCAUUUCCCUCCUUUCUGCUCCCUGUAUCUUUAAGGAGAACAAA